CCACACUGUCCAGUCCACACCACUUCAACUCCUCAUUUAUCUCUUUCUCUCUCUAAAACUUUCCUCCUGCUUUCUCUCUCUCUCUCACUUGAAUGGCAACUCUGCACUCUCUCGCAUUUUCCUCUCCAGUCUCUCACUGUUCACGCCAGACUCGAUUUCUUUCAGGCAUUGCAUCUGGAGCAGUUCAUCAAAGUGCACGCUCCACGUUCAGUGGGCAACCUCUGCACCUACCUCACUCUCGUUGUACCCCUCAAAGACAAAAUUUCCAAAUGCCUAAACUUACGGUAAUGAUGGUUAAACCAAAAAUUCAGUUUAUUCAAGGAACUGACGAACAGACGGUACCAGACGUAAGGCUUACCAAAUCAAGAGACGGUACUAAUGGUAUGGCUAUAUUCAGAUUUGAUCAGCCCUCUGUUUUUGACUCUUCCGGUGAAGUUGGUGAUAUCACUGGCUUCUACAUGAUUGAUGAGGAAGGGGUUCUUCAGUCAGUUGAUGUAAAUGCCAGGUUUGUCAAUGGAAAGCCUGCAGGGAUUGAAGCAAAGUAUAUAAUGCGGACUCCACGGGAGUGGGACAGGUUCAUGAGAUUCAUGGAGCGAUACUCGAACGAGAAUGGCUUGCAGUUCAUCAAAAAAUAAGGCUACGUUUGUCCUUUCAUCUCUACACUCUUCCACAUUUCCUUCUUUUUGUAACUAGAUUGAGUGGAAACUGUGGUGAUGCCCUUACCUUGCAUUGUAUGUUCCCUCUCAUGAUCUCAUCUAACAAAAUUUGUUAAUUUUGGUAAUAUUUAUUUCAUUUCCUCCAAAGUUUUGUGUGUCAAUAACGAAUUGGCCUCUGCUUCUUGUACUUGUCACUUGAGUAUAUUAAUGGUUUUUUCCUCC